AUGCAAAGCAGGAUGACCCUCGCUGCCUGCCUGCAGGUGCGGCGGAGCUUUGCCAGGAGGGUGGAAGGGGGGCUGAAGCCCUCGUCCCUCAGAGUGCGAAGUGAUAAGUCCAACUUCAACGACAUAAUAAGUAAGUACUUCCCAAAUGCGAAGCUGCAAAGGGGAGCAAGUCGGCGUAGCGUUGGUCCGAGUAGCGACAGCACCGGGGAGAAGUACUACUUGUCUGCAAAAAUGAAAAGAAAAGCGGAACAGAUAAGCGGUGGUAAGGAUGUGAAGCUCGCUACAUUAGAAGGCGGAAGAGGGGCCUCCCUUCCGACAAGCAGCCUCACAGAUUGGAAGGGAGCCCAUGAAAAUACAGCAACAGAUUGUAGAGCAGCCCCCGAAAAUACAACCACAGAUUGGAAGGCCAACCAAAACGGACUUCACAACACCACGCAGCCAAGCGGGACCAACACCGGGGGGAUGGAACUGAUGGAAAUAUCGAAAGAGGAUCACGAAAUUCAGAAAUACAAAAAUAAGUUACACAAGAAAAUAUGGAUAUGUCUUAAACGGAACAACGAAAAGGAGUUUGAGAGAUUACACAGAGAACUGAGCAUGUAUCAUUUGAAGGAUGAAGUGUCUUAUACCAUUCUGCUCCAUGGAAAGCUCAUCAUAUCCAAGGGCGAUGACAUAAAGGAGUGCUUUAAGCUGCUGGACGAAAUGAAACAGAAGAAGGUACACCACUCACUAGUACGUUUAAAUGAGAGGUUGCUGUGCAGCUAUUAUGAAUUGGCCAAAUUGAAUGCGAAGCCGAGAACGAAGCAGUGGGUUAAAAUAUUAAGGACCGUUUGGUUCACCUCCGCUUUGAUUAAGGCGAGGAGACAGAAGUUCAUUCUACGGAAUUUGACUCGAAUUAAGAAAAUGAAAGGGGAUGGGAACUCUGCUCUGCUCAGCAACUUUAACAACAUGUUUAACAUUCACAGUUUGGAGUCACUGUACGUGGAGGGUAGGGAUCCCCUCCUCGGGGGGGGUGGCCACACAAAGAGCACGUCCGUCUGCGCACCUAUCGGUGGAGCAACCCCCAGAUAA